AUGUCACAAGCAUAUUAUACGCCGAGUAAUAGUUGUGCAUCACGAAGAAGACAACUUCAUUGCUUCUGUGACCUUGAUUCACCUCUCACUACUUUGUGGACUACUAGAAAUCAUGGGAGGAGGUUUAACGACUAUGGGCUAUACAAGUUGCAGGGAAGAAAUGGAUGCAAUUUCUUCAAUUGGUACGAUGAAGAAAUGUCUGUGCGUAUAAAGGAGGUUAUUUUGUCACUAAUGAAGAGAAUUGAUGAACUUAAGAAGAAGGAUAAUAUGAAGCUGAAAAAAGAUGAAGAUUUGAAGAAGAAGCUAAAAUUUUGCCAAGGAUUGGUUGUUGCAUCUGUUGUGGUCAUCAUGGGAUUUAUCUGUAUUGUUACCUUGAAGAAUUGA